UUUAUUUAAAGAAGGGAAACGAAACGAAGACAUUUAGUUUCACGAAACAGAGCUCGCACAAGGCGGGAAUCUACAAAUCGUAACAUUAUGUGGAGUAUAGCUUGUAUUUUGCUGUUAUGCUCUGUUUUAGCCGUGCAGGGAGCUACUAACACACGGUUCCAGUUUUUGCCAAAUCCUACAGAUUGUACCAAGUUUUCUAUCCAACUGAUGACGUUUAAAUGGGAUGUAUCAUGCGGACCAGGAAAGGUUUUCUCCAAACAAAUCAGUAACUGUGUUUUAGAAAAUGGCCCUUAUGAUGAUUGUUCAAACAAACAACAAAAUCAACCAUCAAUUACCAUAAGAGCAUACGAAGAUGUUUUUAGUUAUUGUGCCCAGUGUCCAACAUGCUUGUACCCGGAUGCCAAUAACUGCGCCGGUUUCUACAAUUGUUCAAAAGUCAAUACGGACGAAUCUGGUAAUUUGGGACAGUUCCAAGACGAAUGUAUUUAUCCAGCUCUGUUUGAUGCUGAUAAUCUGAAAUGUGAAAAUGAUUACACAAAGGUUGAAGGCAACUGUAAUGGAAGACCUGUACUACUCAAUCCCUGUGACCAGCGAAGAAAUCAGUGUGCACGAGCUCAUUGCCGACCCUGUAAUGUCAGAUAUCCCAACUGUGCUGGAAAGAGUAACGGAUUCCAGGAAUGGGAAGGGCGAUCCUUUACUCCAUACUUUGCUCGAUGCCAAGAUGGCCGAACCCUGGAAGCUGGUACCUGCGCACGCUCUAGAAGUGGUUCCCCAAGAAUCUUCUCUCCUUCUCAAAAAGAAUGUGUCGAUGUCGACGCUAAAACCUUCUUCAACAAUUAAAUAUUGUUUAAUAUAGAAGAAAAACACAAAAUCACAAAUAUGUAAAUAUUUAUUGACUGUUGCUUGCCACACAAUUUUUUUUUAUAUAAUUUUAUUUGUUUAUUUCUAAUUAAUAUAUGUUUUUUAAUAGAGUGUAUUUUUUUUCAUUUUUUUAAAUGUUCUCACUCCGUCCUUGGAAUUAUAUUCUUCAUGGAAUCAUGAAUUAGAAAACCGUUCUAUAAAAUUCAUAACUAAGUGUUUAAGCACAAAAUUGAGGGAAUAGUUUAUUCUUUUGGUUAAAGGGAAAUACUUCGCUCUGGAAUAAUAAGGAAUUUGGAUGGGGUAAACCUUUUAACAUUUUUGUUUGUUCUCCAAACUGGAUAUUUUAAUAUUGGUUUGAUCAUGGGACAAAUAAUCCUAUGUAUUGCAUUAAAGGGGGAUAACCAAUCACAUUUAUUGACAACUUUACUGUAUAUAGAUAUUUAGUAAUAAAAUGAUUGUCUCACCAAAAA